AACGAAGCGUUUAUGGAUACAAUUUUAACUGUGUGUCAAAACCUUAAUGAGACAGGCUAUACGUAUAGUUGCAGCAAUUUUAAGCACUUUUUGAGAAGUUUUUAAAGUUUGGAGUUUUUACUUAAAAUGAAGUAACAAGGGUUAAGAUGAGGAUAAAAAUAAGCUUGAUAUUGAUCUUGCAAGUGCUGUUAAAUUUACUCAAUAGUCGAUGUUGUUGGUCUGAUUUAAAUUUGUAUAUAGCUAAAGAAAACCUCAAAAGUGAUUUAAACCUGGAUUUUGAUAGUGACAUAUAUAUUGUUAACGAUGGAAAACCUGCCAGCCUUCUUUCAAAUCCAAAUGCUUUUAAAGGAUUAAUUGCACCGCUCCCACCAAGUAUAAACAAAUUGAAAUUCAAAUGGAGAGCCCACCCUUUAACUAACAAAGGGGGUGUUAGAUACGCCAUGCAUUUAGCUUCAAGUGAUGAAGAGUUGAUGCAAGUCCCCACAAUUAAUAUUCCCAAGAAAGCUCUAGUACCAUGGUACGAUCACAAUGGCAGAGGGUUUCAAAUAAAUUUCCCUUGUUCUGGUUUGAAGGACGGCAUUACAGAUCUAACUUUUCAUCUUAACUACACAACAGUUGGUUCUGGUGUUUUUGAAAACUUGAAGAUUGUUGUUAGACGCCAGUGCCUAAAAACAUUAAGCCUGAGGAAUUCAACUGUUCAAAAACAAAACUUUGUCACAGAACAUAGCAUGGAUGAUGAUAACUGGACACGAAACUUAAUUAUUGGGCUGGUGUGUACCUUUGCUCUACUAUUUGGGAUGUUUGGUGGUUGUUUUGUUUAUUGCUAUGUACAGAAACGAAAUCGAAAACUACAAAUGAAGUUUGAUUAUGAUUAUGAAUUAAAAAUGAAACAGAGAGAAGAUGAAUUAAUGAGAAGAUCAACUCCAAAGAAAGAGGUCUCCCUUGAUAUAAAUGAACAAGAAAACUUACUAAAUGAGGAAUCCACAAAGCCAAUAUUUAUACUGAAACGUAAUAAGGACUAUCACCGCAAAUGGAAGAAAUAUAGGAGGCAGAGACAAUUUCGAUUUGGAGAUAACGGUGCUCCUCCACCUGUGUAUACCAGUGUAGCACAGGAUUCAUGGUCAGCUAACCGAGGACUUGAAAAAAUACCUGAGGAAGAGUGCGAUUCUAAUUUUGAACGUAGUCAAGAUGUUGUGGAAAAUAUAUACAGUGAAAAUAAUUUUUCACUAUCAAAGAGUAGUAGCAUGGAAAGCAUAGAUACAAGCAGCAGUGGGUAUAGUACUGCUGAUUCAUCGACAUUAAAAAGCGGUUAUACUCCAGUAGACAAUACCAGUGAUCAUCAGCAGACAUCUAGUAAACAUUGUACACUCAAUAUACAGAAAUUUGCAAAAAAGUCAUACAGUCAUAAGUUUUCAAAUAGCCUGGAUAACCAAGGGUUUUUUUCUUCUCCUAAAACAUCUUACAAAUCUUACAAAGUGCAAGAGAACCCUCCUACAGUCACUAAAGAAGCAGCUAAAGAUGAAAGGAGGUCUUAUGCUGCUGAGAAUAUGGAAGAAUUAUAUAGAUAUAUGAAUGACAAAUGGAGGGUUCAGUUUUCAGAUUGCGUUUUAACCAUGCAACAAGUUAUAAUAGACAAUCAUCCGAUUGGAAAAGGUGCAUAUGGUCGUGUACAUCGUGGAAAAGCAAAAAGCUUAGAUAGAGAUAAUCCAUUCAAAAUGACCACUGUAGCUAUAAAAAUUAUAAACCCAACAACAGACUUUGAGAUAAUUACUUCUUUCGUAUCAGAAGCUCUCCUCAUGAAAAGUAUGAAGCAUGAGAAUAUAAUGAACUUGUUAGGCGUGGUGCUACAACCAGCGCAACCACCACUACUGGUGUCGCCAUUUAUGAAACAUACAGACUUAAAUCAAUUCCUGCGUAGUUCUCGAGCCACUCCAAGGAGACACCAAAAUCUUAGUUCAAGGCAGCUAAUCGACUUUGGUGUACAGAUUGCAUGUGGUAUGAAGUAUUUGUCGGAAUUACGAUAUGUACACAGGGAUUUAAACACUCGUAAUUGCAUGGUCAACGAAAGGUUUAUUAUAAAAAUUUCUGACUUUUCACUGGCACGUGAUAUCAGCAAAGAAAAUUAUAAGAUGAACAAAAAGACUCGAUUACCUAUAAAGUGGAUGGCCAUCGAAAGUCUGACGGAUUACAUCUUUUCUGAAAAGACAGACGUGUGGUCGUUCGGUGUUGUGUUGUGGGAGCUGAUGACGUUGGGAAAGCAGCCGUAUUCAGGUUUGAAUAAUCAAGACGUAGAAAAACACUUACUUGAUGGUAAAAGGUUGCCACAACCACAAAACUGCCCAGAUGAAAUAUAUAACAUUAUGUCUUCUUGUUGGCUGGAGCUGCCAGAACCAAGACCUAAUUUCACGAAUCUACACCAGAGACUUUCAGAAUACGAAGCUAAAUAUAAAAAGUACACGUUAGAUUACACCAUACCGUCGUUGUCGCAAAUUACAUGACAGCUACAAACGUCGUUAUAAAAGACGUCGGGUUGUGUUGACAAUGUGACGUGUCGUCCAAAGCAGGCCUUGUUUUCUGUCUUCAAGCGUUUGUCAUUUCUGUUCUUCAGUCUCUUUUAAUUUAGUGUUGGAAUUUAGUAAUUUAUUCGAGUUCUUUUUAAUUUAAGUUUUUCAUUAUGAGAAAUGGCGCGAAUAUUUUUGUCUGCAUAAAUUUUCAGGUUAUAAAUUAAAUAUUUUCUCAAGACGCAUUGAAGUUCCGCUCUCAAAACCGUCGCAAAUGUGAAGUAAAAAAAAAUGCUCCUAAAAUGUCAACGUGUCUCGGUUUACUUUGCUAACUCGUUUUUUGUGUUGUCUCUUUUAUCAGUGGAUAACCAUUCCAAGCUAAUGAGUUUUAUAUCGUCACGAAGAAGUAUUUAAAUUUAAAUGUAUUCGUAUGCGUUUUUGAUCAUUUUGUUCAGCCCUCAUAGUUAAUUGUGGUUGGUCUGUAAAAUAAUUGUCGCCUCUUUCUUUAAUUUUUUUUUGUGCGCAUGUACUGUUAUAUUUUCGUCAAGGCAACAAACCCAACAAGGAACGAGGUAAACGGAAACUACAUUUGAAAAUAAAUUCAAGAAAGGCGAUUUUUUCUCAUUAUAUGUUACGAGUGCUUUAUAGUUUAUACUGAACGUCCCAAAGAUUUUUGCUACUUGAGAUGUAUAUUUCAUUUUUUUUUUGGGGGGGGAGGUUUAGAUAUUUGUUUAGUUGAAUGUAAAUUGUACAUAUGUAAAUAUUCACAUGUUUAUCGUGUUGUCGAACGGUGAAAUUCGAAGAGAGGUACAUAUUUCGA